UCAGAGUUGGGUGGGUGUUGGGGAAAGUAAACCAGACUGAACUGGUAAAUCUGGCAGCUCAGACUCUGCAAAUUGGACUCCCUCUCUCCCUAGAUUCUCCACAUCUUCUCUAGGGUUUUCAAAUUUGAACAUCUCUCUCACGCUUUCCCACGAAACACACAGAAAAGAAGGAAAGAAUUGGAAAACAAAAACCAACAACAGAGGAACAAGGACUAAAAAUGACCAAGUUCCCCAAGUGUAAUCCUUUACUUCAACUCUGGAACAAAGACAAUCUGAAGCCCUAGACCUCAAAUUCCAACAGCACAAUGCUUGAUAUUGGACACUGACGAAAGGAUCUAUUUCUUUCUUUACCUGGAGAGUUAAAAACCCUAGCUUUUGACACACUGUUGGAGAUGGAGAGGUCUAGAUCUAAGAGGUACUACUAUGACCAAGACUACGAUACAGAGACUGUCGGUAGGACGAGGCCUCGGUACAACCACCACUACGCGACCAACAACCACCGCCACCGUGGCAGCGGCGGAGGCGGUGGCGGUGGCGGUGGUGGUGGGCGACCCUCUAAGCCUCAACAGGACCCAUCAAUUACGGUAACAACGACAUACCGUAUUCUCUGCCACGACAUGAAAGCCGGAGGCGUGAUCGGCAAGUCCGGUAGCAUCAUUAAGUCGAUUCGGCAACACACCGGUGCGUGGAUCAACGUGCAUGAACUGAUCCCAGGUGACGAGGAGCGGAUUAUUGAGAUUUCCGACACGCGCCGGCGGGAUCCGGAGGGCCGGAUGCCGGCAUUCUCUCCGGCACAAGAAGCCCUGUUUUUGAUCCAUGAGAGGAUUCUGGAGAGUGAUGUGGCUGGGUUUGGUGGUGGAGAGGAGGAGGAUGAGUAUGGCGGUGGUGUUAGAGGAGGAGGAGGAGGAGGUGGGGGUGGUGGUGGGACCCGAGUGGCUACGCGGCUGGUCGUGUCGAGAAUGCAUGUGGGGUCUUUGCUUGGCAAGGGAGGCAAGAUAAUUGAGCAAAUGAGGGUUGAGACCAAGACCCAGAUUAGGGUUUUGCCUAGAGAUCACAAUCUGCCUCGCUGUGUUUCUAUGUCUGAGGAGAUUGUUCAGGUAGUAGGUGAAGCGAAUUGUGUUAAGAAUGCUGUAGCAACUAUUUCAUCACGCUUGAGGGAGAGUCAGCAUCGGGACCGCAGUCAUUUCCAGGGACGAUUACACUCACCAGAACGGUUCUUUCCUCCUGACGAUGAUUAUAUUCCUCAUAUGAACAAUACAUCACGUAAGUCACCCAUGGAUGGGGCUGCUUUUGGGGCACGAUUACCUACAUCCAAUAUCAGAAACAACAACUAUGCCUCCCGUUCAUCUGGUUUUAACAUUGAACCUGGGUCUGCUCCCAUGACCGAUAAUCUGCAGCCCUUUUAUGGCGAAGACCUUGUGUUUCGAAUACUUUGUCCUAUUGACAAAGUUGAUCUUGUUGUUGGAGAUUCUGAUGGAAUUAUUGAAUUGCUUCAAAAUGAAAUUGGCGUCGAUGUCAAAGCUACUGACCUUGUGGCUGGUGCAGAUGAACAGAUAAUCAUCAUCUCUUCAGGGGAGGGUCCCGAUGACGAGCUAUUUCCAGCUCAGGAAGCUUUGUUGCAUAUUCAAACUCGCAUUGUCGAUCUUAUUCCAGACAAAGACAACAUUAUCACUACUAGGCUACUUGUCCCAACUAGUGAUAUUGGAUGCUUAGAGGGAAGAGAUGGGUUGUUAUCAGAUAUGAGGCGACUUACUGGUGCAAAUAUACAAAUUCUGCCCAGAGAAGAACUUCCUGUGUGCGUAUCGGGGGACGAUGUGAUUGUACAGAUCAUAGGGGAAAUAAAAGCAGCUCGAGAUGCUCUUGUUGAGCUGACAUCAAGGAUACGGAGUUACUUAUAUAGGGAGUUGUUUCGAAAGGAUACGACACCACCUGUUUCUGCACCAGCUUUGGAGAUAUCUCCCAAUAACGCAUUUCCACUUCGUGAAGCUCAUACUGGAAAUAAUCCUCCUAUGACAACCUAUCAGAAUUUGCAAACUGGGGCAAUCGCACUGGCAUCAAAGGAUACUGGAGGGAUUUCCAGUGAAUUGGUAAAGCCAAACGAAAAUGAACGGCGUGAAGAUGUUCUGAGUGCAUUGAAUAGAAUACCUGUGACACUAGUCACUAGGAGUACACUUGAAGUUGUAAUACCUGACCAGGCAGUUUCAAAGCUCAUAACGAAAUCAAGAAACAAGCUUGCUCAGAUCAGUGAGUUAUCAGGAGCCAAUGUGACCCUGGUAGAGGAUAGACCAGAGGAAACACAAAAGAUCAUUCAAAUUUCAGGUACUCCAGAGCAGGCUGAGAGAGCUCAGAGCUUGCUCCAGGGCUUUAUUUUAAGCACACAAGAAGACGGCCCUUAAACGAGCUGGAGCAACAUCUGUACUAAAAUUUUGAGCUGGUCUUGCCGGGAUAUUGUUGUUCAGAUCAUUUCUAGAUGUAUUAUCCUGUAAGGCAAGGGAGUUUUUGCUCCAUAGUUUAGGCACAUCGGUUUAUAUGAAUGCAUCCACUACCACUGUAAUUUGUAAAUGUAAUAUCUGAAGGAGUUUUAGCUUUAGUUGUCUGCGAAUCUGGGAAGUGCGAACACAAUCCAGUGACAAUUAUGUUUUGUGUAUUUUGUGUCGAUGAUCAAUGAUCACGUCUCCACUUGUUUCCUUUUGCA